UCGCAUCACCAGACCAGAACGGCUAGCAGGCAGAGCAGAGAGCCAUGCUGAAACGGCGGAGGAUAUGGAUAGCGGUGGAUGAGUUGGAAGCGCAGAGAGCGAUGGAGGAGGAGAACCGAGAGCGGCGACGGCGAGAGGGCGAGGGAAGGGGAACCGCGGCGGCUUGAGAAGACGAACAGAUCUGCGGCCAGCAAUGGCAGCAUCGAUCUGGAUCUUCUUGACUGCACCAUCUGCAUGGAUCCCCUCCGCCCUCCGGUCCUCCAGUGCACAGUUGGGCAUGUAAUCUGCUCGUCCUGCCAUGGCAGCCUACUGAACAAGGACAGCUGCCACAUGUGCACGGCCACCGGCGGCUACAAUCGAUGCAUCGCGCUCGACAAAAUUCUUGAGUCAUUCUGUGUUUCCUGCUCCAAUGCCGUGUACGGGUGCACUGUGAAGACACUCUACUACAAAGCUAAAGAUCAUCGCAAUUUGUGCCCGCACGCGCCAUGUUUCUGCCCAGGACCCGCCUGCAGCUUUGCCGGCACAACCGUCAAGCUCCUGGCUCAUCUCACCGGUGAUCACAAGUGGAAAUCCAGGGAGAUUAUGUACAACUUCAAGUUCACUCUGCUUGUCAAAGAAGGGACGUGGGUUAUCCACGCCCGAGGCCACGUGCCCCUGUUCCUGGUGAAAUUCACCCUGGCGCCGCCUUUCGGCAACGUCGCCUCCGUCCUGUGCGUCGGCCCUCAUGCCACUGCUGAGCAUAGGUUCAGGUGCUGUCUUCGUUGCAGUGGCCCCGCCAUGGGUCAGCAGAAAUCCUCUGAUUUCCUGGUCAGGAGCACCACCCUCUCCGAUGGGUUACAGCUGACAGAGAAUGAUGGCUCCUUACUGUUUGCUUCUAGCACCCGCAGCAUCACUGCCCAUAUCAGAGAUGUAGUGCGUGACAAGCGUAAGCGUGGGAUGUCGAUCCGUUUGCGGUAGCUAGUUGAUCCUUGUUUGUGCGAAGACAGUGUGUUGUGUCAAGAGUAAGCGUGGGAAGGAGAUGGAACAAAUUGAACUUCCGUAUGUUGUAGCUAGUUGACCCGUGAUGGCUGUGUACCUCAACCGAUGCACAGGCUGCGAGUACUUGAAGUGAUCAAAACAUGUUUACAGAGUU